AUGACUGUUUAUCUUUCUCUGGCAAUUAGUUACUGUCCUUUGAAGUUGAAAUGCUGUCGAAUAGCCGACGUCCGUUCUAGCAAGCUGGUAAUUCGCUCUAAUCCGAUAGCACUGGUAAUCAGUGUGACUUCAUGUUGUGCUGAAAUGGCUAUUCACAUGUUUGUCUUUGUGUGGGCACCACUGUUUAUAAGAGCUGAACAUAAAGGCACAAGAGUUCGUGAACUGCCUUUCCUCACUAGCGACUGGACUGAAACUCGUUUUGAGCGUGUUUUCAUAUGCUUGGUGAUAUUUGAAAUGGCUUGUGGUGUUUACAGCCCAGCUAUGGAGGCUUUGCAGACCACUGUACUACCGUUCCUUCACCAGCGCUCUGUUCUUCUCGCUCUCGUUCGUCUACCAUUGACAUUCUUCGUUUCGCUGUCAAUUCUCACCUUCUUCCCUACUCCUGGGGGAGAAUUCAAACUGAUGAUAUUUAUUGUCGUGCAGUUAUUCAUUGCCGCCCUACUUUCCCUGCUAUUGGAUGCAGUUGUCAUGAGCCGUGGUUAUGAACAAGAUCCAGACCAUUUCUAUCUGCCAACUACACUUCCACACAUGGACCUGAAACAACCAUCGAAAGAGGAGCUCGAUAACACAAUGUACAUCUUUUGA